AUGUGGUGUUCAGUGGUGUACUGUCUCUGGUUUGCCGUUGCCAUUACUAGGGCCAGUAAUUUAGAAAAUGUGCGGCGUAUCUUAAACGCCACGGAGGUCACCGUACCGACGUUCGAUGUAGGUAAUAAGAAUAACCAGUUUCAGAUACUGGACGACAUAAACGGUAUAUCCUUUUAUGAGUAUUUGGGACAACAGAAUUUUACGACAGAUGCAAACGUGACAGACGUACAAAGACUCAUAUACUAUUCGAAUGAGACUUUCAUGUCCCUUUCUGAUAGCAUUGCCGCAGAGGCCCAAAUACAAGGUAUCAUACCUCUUGGUGAUGAUAGUUUCAUUUUAAGUGGUCAAGGGAUGAUAAAUAACGUGUCACUAGCAAGCCAAUUGGUUUUUAAUAUGACAGAUUUAUCGAUCACCAAGAUUUUUGACACACCGCUACGAAGUAUAGAAGGAGUCACGGUUGACGGACCUCUGGUUUAUUUCAUGGGUAACUUCACUUUCAACAACAACACGGGGGCUAUUAUGUGGGAUUCAAGGGAUCGCUCGAUAAACUUGCUGCCGUUCCACGGGUUUGGACCGUACGCCAACAUCAAUUCGAUUCUGAAAUUGAACGAUGAUAAUAUCCUCUUCGCUGGGCACUUUUCAACAGUGUGGAACUCCAGUUUGCUGUUACAGAGUAACGUGUCCGAGGAAAGUGUAAGAAAUACAACCAGUCUACUGUUAAAUCCAUCGGUCCCCUUACAGUAUUCCCAAUGGAAAACGAAUGGGGAAUUAGACUCCUCCCAAUUGAUAUGCCCUGAUCCUUCGAAAGAUUCAUGGUCUGUUUCUGCUACCACAGGAGAUUUUACAUGUGAGUUGCCAUUUCAAAUCACACCUUCCAAAAUACGGAUAUACAACUCUCCAGAUAAAGACAGCCAGGUUUCUCUCUUCAGAUUCUUAACUUAUCCCGCGGGGAGCAUAAUGAACUUGACGUAUCUGGAUCCAUUGUCAGGUAAUAUGACCAGCUGUGACGCGUUCUGCCCGUUAUAUUCUAAAACGGUGUUACAAUCUCAGUGGGAUAAUACGGCAGAAGCUAAUACGGUGGCAAUCAUAAAUAAUAACAGUACUAACAUUCAAUGGACCCCCAACUAUCAAGAAUUCGCAUUGGUCAGUCCAGUAGCAGCAACCUCUCUCGAAUUCAACGCGCUGGCCUCCUACGGAAAUAAUUUGGGUUUGGCUGGUUUCCAAAUUUACCAAGCGUCCUUCUCGGCGUUCGGUAACAAUUCGUUCAAUACUCCAAAUUGUAAUAAUAACGAUAAAGACAGCAACAACACGUUCACUUCAUCUUCGCUAUCUCCAAACAACUGGACAUCUGUGGGCGAAUACCUGACAGUGGGAUACACUCCAAACGAAAAUCCUGUUCCAAAAGUUACCUACAAGAUAGAUAUUCAGCACUCUGGUGAGUACUCAAUUAAUGUCUUUACUCCAGGAUGCUCCGCGGACAAUACAUGCUCGACCAGAGGAAUUGUGAACUAUACGCUAUUCGACACAGUAACCAACAAGAUGUUAGCAACAAGUCUCAUUUAUCAAAACAACGACGAGAUUAAAUACGAUACAUUGUACAGUGGUCAACUAAACAGCUCAUGUGAAAUAACCAUGACAUACUACUCCGGCCUUUAUGCAUCUAACACUGUAACAACAAUUGUGGCUGAUAGAGUAGAUUUGAAUAUAAUAUCGAUGGAUUUAAGUCACCGCACUGAAGUUUCAAAACUUGCUCUAAACGGUUUAUUUCAAUACCAGAUUUCAAAUUUCACAAAUGACAGUAUACCAAUGAAAAUCGCCAACACUUCGUUAAACCAAUUUGCAUUGAAUAAUUUUGAACCAAGUGUGUCAUUGAGGGCAUUUCCAUUGAGCAACAGUUCAAUUUUACUAAGUGGUACUGAGGGAAACAUGUUCAGCAUUAACUUAAAUACCGAUUUGAGUGUGCAAAACUCAACUAGAUUAAUCUCGACUGAAAACUUCACUACAUUCCAGCCGUAUUCCAACGGGCUAGUCAUGUUAGAUGGGCAAGGUAACGUCUCGUUGUUUAAGGACAAUUUCAAAAAUUUGAACACAACUAUGGAUGGCAGUUUAGCUACAGACGUUGCGAACAUAACGUUAAAUGGUGAUGAACUGCUAGUUUUCAAUAAUGGCUACAUCUAUAAUGUAACAUCGCAGCAGCAAACACGCUCGAACAGCAGCAUUUUCAAUCUCACAGUAUCCUCAGCAGGAGCAAACAGCAUUAACGACACUAUCUUCCUUGGCAAAGUUGUACAAUGGCAAUACGCUAUUGCAAAUCAGUCCGCUCAAGUCAACGCUGACUUUAACGAUGGCAUUGAACAGAUGAGUUUGCCAAGCAAUACUGUACCGUCUCGUGGUAUUUUCCUUAACGAUGACUCAACUGGUUAUUUCUAUAAAGAAUCCAACAAGAGCAAACUAUACAUCACAAAUAGUAAUUCUACGAGUGGUUUAGAAUGGUACGGGGAACCAGAAACUGUGGUAUAUGAUAAAAACGAUACGUUACUGAUGGUUGGGUAUUAUAAUGACAACACUUUCAGCUCAACCCUAUCUCUAACAAACCUGACUAGUUUCGAUGUCAUUAAGGAAGAGAAUUUGAAUGUAGGUUCAAGCAUAUCGUCCCUACUUUAUUUCGCGAAGAAUGACACAUUAUUAGUUGCUGGUGAUUUCGAACCGAGUAAUGGAAAUUGUUCUGACCUAUGCCUGUAUAACUACAAAUCCGGUCAAUGGGAUUCUCUUGCCAACAAUUCAGUUUCUGGCAGUGUUGCAGCUUUGCAGCUCUACCAAAAUGAUACCAUACUGGUGCUUGGAAAUUUAACGCUUCCACAGGCGAACGACGUGAACAUGGCUUUUGUCAAUUUGUCAAAUAAUCAUGUUGGCUCAUUGAUUAUGAAAAAGGACGCACCUGUGAAUCUGCAUUCGAUGAUUGUUAGCAAUUCUCGGAUUGUGGCCUGGAAUGAUACUGUGCUUUUCAGCUUUGAUGGUAACUCUUGGACUCGCGUUUCUGUGCCUGGAACAGACUCAUCUGCAACAAGCAUUUCCUCAGUCCAGUUCAUUUCCAUGGAGGGAACAGAUGACGCACUGUUGUUACUCGGUGAAUUCAGGCACAGUGAAUUCGGUGACAUAAAAUCCAUCGUGUACAAUUUCCGCGAUUGGAUACCGUACCUCUUGUAUGUGGAUGGACCAAGACAAGGCACCGGCCAUUUGUUCAUGAACCGAGACAUCUCAUUGCAUAACAUUGCUCAAAUCCCAUUAUUAAACUCGACAAGAGUAUUGACUAAUCAAUCAUUUGCAUCAAGCACAAGCAGCAGUGUAUCAUCCACAAGCACGACGCUUCCAAAAGUCUCAACAACUCAUUCUAAGCCUGGCAGACGUAUUGUAGACAGAGGGUUUGUCGUCCUUAUAGGUCUGGCAUUGGCCCUGGCAACGGUCUCCGUGAUGGGGGUUGCUGGUGUCCUGUUGGCCUACAUAUUUCGGGACAACGUUGGGGACAGUUACCAAACGUUGAACCCUCGGAUGGACGAAAACGCCAUGGUCAACACUUUACCACCGGAGAAAUUGAAAAACGCCACAUAA